UGAGAGACGACCCAUGAAAGUAACAGUGCGCCUUCCGUCCACCUUCGCUGGGCUUGCGGCGCGAUCGCCAGAUAGACCCAAGCCAGUCGUACGCUCAUCGUCCUGGAGAACGGUGCCUCGCGUCUCGUCUCGCAGGUACCAAUAGCGCCGCGUCGUCCUUCAGUGUCGUUGUACAGAUACAAGGUCGCGAGUGCAACGGCGAUCGAAUUUCCACCGCUGUGGACCCGCAUCUUAAGCGGAUGUACCUGACGCGCGAUGUGUGCAAGCUGAUGAGGUUCUCCUGACUGAAGAUCGCGAUUUAAAAUCAUCUGGGAGACUAAACCAAGCGACAAACAUGGACUGGGAGGUGCGAGCAGCGUCGCUGAUUCUCUGCUUGGGAAUUCUGCUUACGACGAUACAAGAUGGAAUCGCCGAACGCAGAAUUGUCUGUUAUUACACGAAUUGGUCGGUGUACCGACCCGGCACGGCAAAAUUUUCUCCUCAAAACAUAAAUCCAUAUCUUUGCACUCACCUGAUCUACGCGUUCGGAGGUUUUACGAAGGAAAACGCGCUGAAACCGUUCGACAAGUAUCAAGAUAUCGAGAAAGGCGGAUACGCGAAGUUUACGGGUUUGAAAACCUACAAUAAGAACUUGAAGACGAUGCUGGCGAUCGGUGGCUGGAAUGAGGGCUCCAGCAGAUUUUCACCGAUGGUGGCCGAUCCAGCGAGAAGGCGAGAGUUCGUCAAGAACGCCGUCAAAUUCCUCAGGCAGAAUCAUUUUGACGGCCUCGAUCUCGACUGGGAGUAUCCGGCGUUUAGAGACGGCGGAAAGCCGCGAGAUAAGGACAAUUACGCCAACUUGGUGCAGGAACUUCGCGAGGAGUUCGAGCGAGAGUCUUCGAAGACCGGAAGAUCGAGAUUGUUGCUGUCGAUGGCGAUGCCCGCCGGUGUCGAGUACAUCGAUAAGGGUUACGAUGUACCCAGGCUAAACGAGUAUUUGGACUUUAUCAAUCUACUCUCUUACGACUAUCACUCGGCGUAUGAGCCCGCUGUCAAUCAUCAUUCGCCGUUGUACCCCCUGGAGGAGGACAACGAAUACAAUUAUGAUGCGGAAUUGACUAUUGAUUAUACAAUCACUUACCUCCUGGAGAAAGGCGCGUCCGCGGAUAAGGUCGUUCUUGGAAUACCAACGUAUGGUCGGUCAUACACGUUGUUCAAUCAAGAUGCAACCGAACUCGGGUCGCCAGCGGAUGGACCAGGCACCGAAGGAGAGGCCACUCGAGAGAAAGGCUAUCUUGCCUAUUAUGAGAUUUGCGAGGGUAUAGCGGAAUCCGACGAAUGGGAAGUCGUUGAACCAAAUCCCAAAGCCAUGGGACCAUACGCCUUCAAAGGCAAUCAAUGGGUAGGAUACGAUGACGAGAACGUAGUCAAACUGAAAGCUCACUACGUGAACGAGAAGAAGUUAGGAGGCAUUAUGUUUUGGUCGAUAGACAAUGACGAUUUUCGUGGCAAGUGCCAUGGUCGACCUUAUCCAUUAAUCGAGGCUGCCAAAGAAGCGUUGCUUACAGAUAACAGCAGAAAUACAAUUGACAAGACCAAGUUAGUAGACAGUCGGAAAAAAACCCGUACUCAAAGUACUCAGAGCAACACUCGUAAGUCGAGUACAAGCAACCGAAGAAGCAGCACUACAUCAGCUCCGAUAACCAUCAAACGUAUAUCCUCUUCAAGACCAAAAUACCGUACCAUUUCACAAGCGAGCAAAGAAGAACAGGAAGAUCGGGAGGUGUCGAGAAGAUCGUAUGAUCCAGCAUCGAAUGAAGACACGGAGGGUGCAGGAAACACCGUAAGAAUCACAGAGAAAACCGAACGACCGAAGAAUAGAAAUAGGAGUAAAACACGAAAUGCUGCUGCCGAUCGCAAUACCCGUAGAAAACAGUCCAGACGUAAGGGACAGAAUAAGACUAGCGAGACCGACGAAUCCUUGAGCAACAAGCUAACGACUCCCGAACCACCAACCACACCUGACCCAGGAACCGACUUUAAAUGCGAGGAUGAAGGCUUCUUCCCACAUCCUCGAGAUUGCAAGAAGUACUUUUGGUGUCUUGACAGUGGUCCUAGUGGACUUGGCGUAGUCGCGCAUCAAUUUACUUGUCCCUCAGGAUUGGUAUUCAACAAAGCGGCGGAUUCUUGCGAUUAUCCGCGUAACGUAAUUUGUCCUAAGGCAUUGAAAACGAUCGUCUCAACUACCAAAUCGCCCAUAACGGCCGCAACAAGUCGAACGACUUACUUACAUAGCACAACGACUGUGAAAACGGAAUCCGAAGAGUAUGAUUCGGAAGAAGAUUAUGAUGAGAUCGAGGAAAGUGAGGAGGAAGAGGAGGAGGAGGAGAAGGAAGAACCGAAGAUUACUACGACGGCAAAACCACUUGUAUAUAAAACACUCACCAGAAAUAGACCAAGUACGACCACUACUACAACGACCACAUCGAAACCAAGCGAACCAGAGAGAAUCAUCAACAGUGAAGAUGAGGAGGAUCCAAAAGUUAUCAAAGAACUCAUCGAUCUUAUAAAAAAAGCUGGCGGAAUAGAAGAGUUAGAAAAGCAAUUGCUACUCCAAGAGAAGAAUUCGGACAACAAAUCAGGCAGCGAAAGUGUCACACCGGCUACGAUUAGUCGUAGUUUAUACGAGCGUGUAUUGAGUCGCCAGGCAAAUAGAAUUGGUAAUCAGCGACCCGUAUUAUCGUCCUCAGAAACCAGUUAUGUGAACGGACCUGGAAGAGCACAAUUCGAAGGCUUGGACGAUAUUCCCGAAGUGAAAAGUCUCAGACGAUCGCAGAAACCUCAAUACAUCACCAUCGAAAGAUCCAAAUCGGUAACGAAAGGAUCUUCCUCGGAAAAUGAAGAUAUCGAUGAGAACAUAGAAGAUGAUAACACUGACGUAGCUUCCUCCGAGGAGAAAAGCAUCAGUAACCCGUUGGAGGAUAGCACGUCCACGCAACGAGUGACGCCAAGUUACGUAAAUAUUCGACGAACGCGACUUUCCACAACGACGUCUAGAAUCGAGAAUGAUGUGGAAGAGAAAAAAGUAGAAAUCGAGGAGGAGAAACCGACUCGUAGACGACGACCAUUCAUUUCUUUGAAACAACAAGACAAUGAAGCAAGCUCUGAAACGUCUAAACCUUUUCGACAUCGUGGUUCAGGUUUCAGGAAAUCAGAGAAGAGGAAUGAUUCGGGCACAAAUCGAUCAACAGAGAAAGACGAUGAUUCAUCAACAACGAAAACUAGAUAUGCUAACGUACAGAGGUUUAGAAGUACCACUUUGAAAACUUUGGAAGAUUUGUCUAGCGUAAUACCUUCAUCGGCGAGCAUCAGCGAGACGACUUCACCGACGAGAUCAGAAGUAUCCAGGACAACAGCUAGUACGACCGCUUCGUUAUCUACGACACCUGCAGCGACCACUUCGACUUCUACCGAGGUCAUCACCGUAAUUAGCGUUGAACCACCAGAAAACUCAUCUAGUGUCAGCUCUAAAACCGACAUCAGCUCCACCACUGACUCAAUGAAAUUGGUGGAAGAUUCGGCGACGGAGAUCCUGUUCACAACGUUGCCGGCUAGCAGUUUAAGCCAAUCGACAACAACAACAUCAACAACAGCGGCAACGUUAACAAGCAGAUCGACAAUUGCCGCGGUGUCUCAACCGCGACCGUUCGGUUUCCCCAGACGAAGAUCCGGUUCAUCAGAAGCGACAACGACAGCCACGACCCCAUUGAGUAGGUCCAAGGUCGCCGAUUCGGAAACUAUCAGGUUGCCAACCCUGAAGGAAUUAAUCGGCUAUCCGACGACUUACUACGAUGAUCAUACCGCCACGACGUUGUCGUCCGUAUUCUUGUACUUGCUGCGUAACGACGUGGACAACGACAUUAGCCGGCAGAACGUCGAAGAAUCAUUAACAGGAACAGACGAAUUACGAGAUGGCGAAAAAGAGAUCGUUCAGUCAUCAAGAGGCAUAAUCGAAGAAACCGGCGACUUAUUGCUACAACAAGCCUCGGAGAACAAAGCAAGAUCUCAUGCUCCAAGAAAAGAAGACGUCUUUGAUGAACGAAUUUCAGUCACAAACACUAUUCGGGGAGAUAAGAAUAAACAAAAGAUGUCUACGACCUCACUCUAUUUGAAGCCGACGACAAUGCGCGGUAUUCCUCUCGCUAGUUUGAUUUCCAGUCCGGUAAUUCGUGGAUUUUAUGUCACCAGAAGCGAGAAUGAUGAUGUACCAUCACCAAUAUUAGCGGAUAGUUCUACGCCAUUUUACACGACUGACACUUCCGUUGAACAGCAGACAGAAACUACUUUAAUUCCCGACAUUUCUACGAUCGAUAAAGCCAUCACUAUCGCUUAUAAUGAUCAAAUCGAAUCGAGACCCAAUAUUCCCGAUGACAAAAUGAAUGAUAUCAUUAAUGACAAAGGCAUCGUUAAUCGUGAAGAGAGGUAUUCCACGCCCAGUUCUUCAGUGAUUUUCUCAAAUGCUGAAAAUCUUUCAAAUCACAAAAAACCUAACUUAAUUACGGUUCCUGUCGAUAGCAUAUUUGAGUCAGCGUUUAAAAGAAGAAAAUCGCUGCAUAACUUUGAUCAUACGACGCCUCUUUCUAACUUAUAUGUCGCAUCCCCGACAACACCGACAAGACGAAAAAUCGCCCUGACUGUAAGCAAAUACAACGAAGCCACCACUCCGUUGUGGACGGGCAGACGUAUAGUGGUAAAAAAAAGAAAUAGGACUACUGUUUCGCCAAUUAAAGACGCUAUAAGACAAAUUGAGAGCGAUUCUAUUCACGCCGCGACAAGCACCCUAAGAAGCACUUUUCUAACUUCUAAGGCUGCUUCGAACGUGAUUUCAAGAAGGCGCAAACUUUCCGCGACUUCAACAAUGCCAACGGUUCCUUUAAUGGUGUCCAAUAGUUCCGCAUCUUCUGAAAUUUUAAAUAUUUACAAUAAUUUUACGAAUUCUAACGACUCGAAAAUCGAAGAUUCGGAAAACCAUGCAUCUGAAGCAGCAAUUUCAAUAAACUCAAUUACAACGACACCUUCAAUCUUAAAAAUUAUUUCGACGACAAAUGAUCUUACAACUACUGACAUUUCAACGUCCUCGGAUGAUUCUACAACUACAGCGGUUCAUGCAGUCGUAAAUGCAUCUAUUUUGACACCAUCGGUUGCGGUUGCAAAAGCACCCGCAGUUGCAACUGACGCUACAAUUACUACAUCCGCAACUACAAGUGUUGGAGAAACUGCUCUGAAUUAUUCCGUAACUGAUAAUCCAAUGAUCGAGAAUACAAAUGCAUUUUUGACUGAUCCUCCAACUACGAUUGCAUUUGCAGCAAGCACUGAAACUGAAAUUACUUCUACAAAUGUAAAUAUAGUUCCACAAAUUACGCCGACAAUUGCAACUGAUCCUGUAAUUAAAUCUACUGUAGCAAAUACAGAAGUCGAAAUUACAUCUACGAUAAAUUCUAUAAUCACGGUACCAAUAACUGCUAAUGCACAGGAGAUUGCAACUGAUUCUGCAAAUAUGACUACAAUAGAAAUUACGAAUGCUAACAUUGGCGCUACUUCUACAAUUGCAAAUUAUUCUACAAUCCCAAUUCCAACAACUAUAAGUACGUACGACAUUGUAACUAAUUCUACAAUCUUGAACACAGCUGCGAAUGCUGAAAUUGAAACAUCUUCCAUGAAUAGAAAUUAUUCCACAUUCACUACUACAGUAAUUAAGAAUACUACAACAAUUCCCGUCACUACAACUGGCGCAACAACAAUUAUUUCUUCAACUGUGAACACGCAACAUAUACGUGCAACUGAGCCCAUGAGCAUGCGUAAUCUCGCAGAUGCAAAUACCGUAACGGCAGAUAUAACUACGACUACACCUCUUAGUGUCAUUACUCCAACGAUUAUUGAUCUUAACGUAACAACGUCUGCUAAUACAAAUAUUCCCUCUAUUUCUGCAACUAGCGAGAUCCCGCCAACUACGAUUCAGUCUCCUGUUACAAAUAUAGUCGUACCUUUAAUGAAUUCAGCUGGUUCCACAACUUUAACAACUGAUUCUUCUACGAUAUUUCUCGCAAAUUCAAGUAAUCUUGAUAUUGGCAGCAAUUCCGAGAUAUUAGUCGAUACUGCAACUGUAGAGUCUACUAAAAUUCCCAUGACGUUCGAAAACCCUCCAACAUUUACCUCGGCAGCAACCGCAUUUCCUCUUUUUAAUACGAAUUUCGAAGCAUCCUUUGUAACAGCUGCAUUGUCAACCCAAGAGGUCAAUGAAAACUCGAUACCAAUAAUUACUCAAACUCCCUCAACUCCCUUUUAUUCAAUUGCAACAUCAAUUACUAAAGCAACUGUAGCUUUAGAAAAAUCUACAACUUCCAUGAUGCCUUUUGCGACUUCCGGCGAAUCGAUUGCGACAAACUCCACAAAUCAAACAAUUACAAACACUUAUAAACCAGAUUCUAUACAAACGAUAAAUGAAAAGUCUUUAAUUCCAGAACAGAAGACAGAUUUCAAGGAAACUACGUCAACGAAAAUACAAAAUCAAAUUAAAUAUCAAACAGCUACGACUAUUAAUAAGCCGAUUUUUACAGAAACAAUGAUUGACGAGUUUACAACUCCAAAAAUAAAGGUAAUAUCUGAGAAAGUUAUUUCAAAGGCUGCAGAAAGCCAAAAAUCACAAAAUCAAACGAUUUCGAAACUCAACACAACCAAUUAUCAAUCCAGUCAAAAAACCGCUAGACGUCGCGUCCUAAAUCGAACGAAGAAUUGGCAUGGAAGUCUUGCAACAUUGCAAAAAACCGAUCAAAAUCCUCGACAUCAGGUUACGUCGUAUCGCGGACAAUCACGAAGACCUCCUGCUUAUAUUUCGUCUUCGAAAAUGAUUGAGAAGAAUCAUAGAAGAAGAAUUAUGCAGAAGAGAAUCAGAGUUAACUCUAAAGCGUUUAAUAGCACUAUCAGGGCCGAUCAAGAAACUAUCGACGUUCAAAAUACUACUAAAGAUCAUGUAUAUGAUCCAGUGGAAAAUAUAAUAAGAAGGAAAGCUGUAAAUUCGACAGAAAAAGUCGAGGAAAAAACGACUAUGUUACUUCAAUCAUCUACCGCUACUCAGAAUGAAACAUUUCAAGCUCACCAUGAGAAUGAAAAUAUCGGUGAACAACAAAAAGCUGAAUUGAAACAGAUAAAACAUCCUCAAGAAAGUUUCACAACGAAAGAAACCAGUAUCAACUCUAGUUCUACUAAUGAAAGUCUUCCAGGUAAUACUCAAAGUAAUCUUCAUGUAGCCGUGAAUUUUUCUGAACUAGAAAAUCCGAGAAAAAUAAUGAAAGUUGUAUUAAACAACGCGAGACCUAAAUCGGAGGAAAAACACCCAAUCGAAGAAAUGAGUGUAGAAUCUGAUUCUAUUAAUACAAAUCAGCAAGACAAUUUUCCGAAAAGUUCUUACGCAAGUAAGAAUUCUUCCGACAAAAGAAUUGCAAGAAGAAGAAUGAGAAUUAUAUUGAAAAAUAUCAGGCCUAAAUCUGAGGAAAAGAAUUCCACAAUUGAAGAAACUUAUAUGAAUCCUGAUCCUAUCUAUAAAAAUCUUCAAAAUAAUCUUUUAAAUAAUUUUAACAUAAGUCAAAACUUUUCCAAUGAGGAAAAAACAAGAAGAAAAACAAGAGUUGUAUUAAAGAGAAUAAACUCUAAAUCCGAAAAAGAGGAGUCAAAGACUGAAGAAGCCAGUACAGAAUAUGAUUCUAUCAAUGAAAGUCUUCAAGGCACUUUUUCAAAUAAUUUUUACAGCGCUAAAAAUUUUCCCGAUGAAUAUAGAACUAGAAGAAGAAUGAGAGUUGUAUUAAAGAGCGUCAAACCUAAGUCUGAGAAAAGAAAUUCAACAGUUAAAGAAACGAGUGUAGAUUCUGAUUCUAUUAAUAAAAAUUUUCAAAGCACUUUUUCUAAUAAUUUUCACAGAGAUAAAAAUCUUCCCAUCGAACAUGGGACUAGAAGAAGAAUGAGAGUUGUAUUGAAAAGUGUCAAACCUGAGAAAAGAAAUUCAACAGUUGAAGAAACGAGUAUAGAUACUGAUUCUAUUAAUAAAAAUUUUCAAAGGGAACAUGGGACUAGAAGAAGAAUGAGAGUUGUAUUGAAAAGCAUUAAACCUAAGUCCGAGAAAAAGAAUUCAACAGUUGAAAAGACAAAUGUAGAUUCUGACUUUAUCAAUAAAGAUUUUCAGGAUAAUUUUUCAAAUAACUUUCAUAUGAACGAAAGUCUUUCCAAUGAAGAAGAGGUACGAAAAGGAAUGGAAGUUAAACUGAAGAGCGUCAAACCUGAGUCCAAGGAAACAGACUCAGUAGCUGAAGAAACAAAUCUAGAUUCCGAUUUUAUCAGAAACGAUUCUCAACAAGUACUUUACAAGUUCCACUUUUCAAGUAAUCUUCGUGUGGGCGAUAACCUUUCCGGUAAGGAAAAAACGAUGAAGCAUUCUAAAUCCGAGGAAGAGAAGGCGAUGACCGAACAGCCGGAAGUCACGGAGCCGCAGAUGGGGACGUCUGUUCCGGUCGAGGACACUGAUCGACCCUCGCUCGAGGUAACAAACAGUGGAUCAGUUAAUCGCAAUCCAGGAAGCGGAUAUUCAAAUAGACACAGGAAACCGACGCCGUUCACAACGAUCGCUCCGCUAACCAACACCUUAUCGAAUACUGUUCAUCGAAGAGGUAGACCAGUUCAGACCACUUUGUCAUCGAGGGUAGAUUUCGUCGACACGUUCGAGAGCACCGAAUCCUAUGUCAAACCGGCCGCCGUUUUGCAUGAUCAAAAUGCAGACGUGUCUGAUCAAAGCAUCCGCGCCCAAGAAUUCGCGGUGACGCUAUCGGACCCGCCAUCCUCGUCGUCCGCGGAUAUUGGUCAAACGCCGUUAAGGGACGCCGAUUGGCGCAAGAUAAGCACCACCAUAUCACCUAGAACUGACUAUCUUACGACCAGUAGGACGGUUUCGAGAUAUGAUGCGAACUUUCGAAGCCGCCAGAAAUUCCGGACGAAAGACAGGCCUACGGUGAACGCGACCACGAGGCCCAGAAGACCGCCAGUGAUCGACUAUGAUUAUUAUGAGGAUGAGGUGCCGAUUGUCAUCGGCAAGUCCGUCCUCAACAGCAAACUCUUCCUCACGAGUAAGGGUACCAUACGUUGCCUGGAUCAGGGCAACUUUCCACAUCCGUACUCGUGCAAGAAGUUUAUCACUUGCGCCCGUAUGGUGAACGGCCAGGCGAUCGGAACCGAGUAUACCUGCCCCGACAAACUGUCCUUUGAUCCGGUCGGCGGUAUCUGUAAUUGGUCCGCCGGUCUCGGUUGCAAGGACUGAUCGAGGCUUUACUUUUAAUCACUCGACAGUUUAAUACGAAGAAGUUAAAUUAUUUUAGACUCGCGAUUGUACCAAUAUCUCCUAUAAAAAUUUACUGGAAUUUAGUAAAUCUCCUUUAUAUUUAUUACGCGAGACUACAAUCCGAAAAAAGACAGUAUAAAAGCAUUCAAUUAAGAUUAAUUUAAAAUGUUGGUGCAUGUGAACCUCGAUUUUAUAUUUCUUGUACCUGUUUGGGUAGUAUAGAACUUGAACAUGUUAACUUUAUGCUUAAGUACUUCGCAUUUACGUAGAUAAUUCCUUAUUGUAUUUAAAUUAAUACACUUUUUUAUUUAUUUCCGUCAUAUAUGAGAUAUGAUCUUCAAGAAUAUAUGUGACUGUCGAGUGAUUAAAAUUAUCGAUUGCGAUGUUUCGUAAGACGAACUCAGAUUGCUUGACUUAAAAUAGGAAAGAGGAAUUCUUAACCUUGCAAAAUAAAUUUCUAUAAAAAUUAUAUUUUAAUUCACCCUCUUUUCACACACGAUAGUCCGAAAUGGUAUUACUUUAAAAUGAUAUUUAUUAGAAUAUUAUUAGAAAUUAUCGAAAUGGUAUUAGAUACUUAUAAAGUCACAAACUUUGCUAUCAUUAUACAUGAUGAUAAAUGAGCAUUCAACAAAAAUAAUCAUCAAAAUUACUACAAUAUAUAGAAUUAUAGUUCAUUAUAAGUAAUGAUGUUAGGAAACAAGCGUGAAAUAACUGAAUUAUUCGUUCGAGGAGACUUGAAUUGAUAUUAAUGAAAAAAGGCCACCCGUUCCUUCUUUAUUUUUCACAAAAAUAUUUUUUUUCUGAAGUAAUAUUACAUUCUAAUACAUAAUAUAUAUUAAUACAAUUUUCAUCUUAACAGUUUUCGUCAAAACUUUUUAGGAUUUUUUUUUACUUUUAUAAAACCUUUAGUGGCCUUUCUAUAAAAAAAAAUUGAUUCACUUACGGUCGUUGAUUAUAAAGCAGGCUAUUUUUGGGCAAACAUUUUGAUGAAAAUGUAUUUUGUCUACUUAUUGUACAACCGUGCAAUAGCCAUAUAAUCGAGCGAAAAUGCAGAGCGGUGAUAUUAUCGUUAAAGUCUCUUUGUGUAAAUAUUAAUAGUAUUGUAAGUAGCGUGUAAGAUAAGUGUACUUUAAUUUCGCGUGACUGGCGCUAACUUAUCUGUAAAUUUUCAUGAUUAAGUCCUUAUUUGAUAAGUCCAUUUGAUGAAAAAAUACACGAUAAACCUUACUUGACUCUCAUCGAUGUGUCGAGAUCUGUACACCGGAUCUGUGUGUAUCGAAGAUUUUUAUACGUGAAAUAAAAGCAUUGUUUAACCACACAAA